CAUGGCAUUGAGCAGCAUGCUGGAGCGGAGUAGCGUAGCCCAUAGUUUGUGUGAAAGGUUACUACAGUGUUAGAACACAGACACAUAUUGUUCAUAGUACUCACGCAAACACCCCGGGRGAGACUUGUACAGGAGAAACUCCGGCGAACGAGAGACCAGGGUGUGCUCCGCUGGAAAACCUAGUGGGCGUGCACCCCUCUCUUACCGCAGCCCAGUGUGUGUGUGUGUGUAGGCUACUGCCGCUGCCUCUCCCGCGCCCAUUGAGCUCGCUAAUGGGAAAUUGUUUCUACCUGCUUCCCAGUUGACAGUUGACAGCUCACAGAGAACCCAAACUUAGCAUGGCUCAGGCGGUGGCUCUAUGGAGAGGGUGAUUCUGGAUGAUUGAGCGUUGUAUCCGCCAUCCCUUGAGGAGGAAUAAUACAUUCUGUUGUUGCGGCAGUGAGUGGAUCUAUUCCCUAGUAUGUAACUUGUGGUUUGGGAUAGCGCCUCGGGCAUCGUAGACGCGCGGUGGAGCGGGAAUUAUCAAGGUUUGGACCGUUAUCUGAUUGACCAUCGUUAGUGCGCCGACAUGUCGAACCUGGUCAGGAGCAAGAAGGACAAAGAGUUAAUUGCAGAGUAUGAAAGCCAGGUGAAAGAUGUGCGAGCCCAGCUGGUGGAACAGCAGCGGUGUUUGGAACAGCAGACAGAGAUGAGGGUGCAGUUGCUGCAGGACCUGCAGGACUUCUUCAGGAAGAAGGCUGAGAUCGAGACAGAGUACUCCAGGAACCUGGAGAAACUAGCCGAGAGGUUCAUGGCCAAGACACGCAGCACCAAGGACCACCAGCAAUACAAAAAGGACCAGAACUUGCUGUCUCCAGUUAACUGCUGGUACUUGCUGCUGAACCAGGUGAGGAGGGAGAGUAAGGACCACGCCACCCUCAGUGACCUCUACCUGAACAACGUCAUCACCCGUCUCACGCACAUCAGCGACGACUCCGCCCGCCUGCUUAAAAGAAGUAAAGAGAUCACCUUUCAGCUGCAGGAGGACUUGAUGAAGCUCCUUAAUGAACUCUACACCGUGAUGAAGACAUACCACAUGUACCAUGGGGAGACGCUGAACGCGGAGACCAAGCUGAGGGAUGCCGAGCGUCAGGUGGGGGUUGGCAAAGUGGGGCCUGGCGGGGGGGUGGAGCCRUUAUUCGGCAUGCGUAUAGAGGAACGCCAYCAGAGACGCAACGCCGCCCGCAAGAUGGAGAAGAUGAGGGAGAAGAGGAAAGCUAAGUACUCUGAGAACAAGCUGAAGUCUCUGAAGGCCAGGAACGAGUACCUUCUGACGAUGGAGGCCACCAACUCCUCUGUGUUCAAAUACUACAUCCACGACCUGCCCGAUAUCAUAGAUUGUUGUGACCUGGGGUACCAUUCCAGUCUGAGUCGUGCGUUGAAGACCUACCUGUCUGCAGAGCUGAGUCUGGAGGCCUCCAGGCGGACAGGGUUGGAAGUACUGGAGGGGGCCGUAGAGGGCCUGGAUCCUGCCCGAGACAGACAGCGCCUGCUGGGCCUCUACCCUACCGCYUUCUGCCCCCCGCCACGCUUCAGCUUCCAGCCCCACAUGGGGGACCCGGUGUCCCAGAUAGCCGCCCAGCCACAGGUGCAGGCAGAGCUCACAUCUAGGCUGCAGCAGCUCCAGUCACGCCUCUCCACCCUGAAGAUAGAGAACGAGGAGUGUUGUGACCUGGGGUACCACUCCAGUCUGAGUCGUGCGUUGAAGACCUACCUGUCUGCAGAGCUGAGUCUGGAGGCCUCCAGGCGGACAGGGUUGGAAGUACUGGAGGGGGCCGUAGAGGGCCUGGAUCCUGCCCGAGACAGACAGCGCCUGCUGGGCCUCUACCCUACCGCYUUCUGCCCCCCGCCACGCUUCAGCUUCCAGCCCCACAUGGGGGACCCGGUGUCCCAGAUAGCCGCCCAGCCACAGGUGCAGGCAGAGCUCACAUCUAGGCUGCAGCAGCUCCAGUCACGCCUCUCCACCCUGAAGAUAGAGAACGAGGAGGUGAAGAAGACAUGGGGGGCCACUCUCACCACCCUUCAGGACAUGACAGUGCUGGAUGACUAUGACGUUUCCCAGAGUUUCACGCACAGCCCCUCUUCAGAGUCAGUCAAGUCCAGCGUGUCGGACGGCUACCUAAACAAACCCAGCCUCGCCAAGCGCCGUGCCAACCAACAGGAGACUGAGCUCUUCUACUUUACGAAGUUCCGUGAGUAUCUGGAGGGCAGUAAUCUGAUCUCCAAACUACAGGCCAAACACGACCUACUGAAGAAAGCCAUGGCCGAGGGGUAUAUAGCAGACACGCUGACUACCAGCCGUGGACGAAAGAACUCCCAUAGCAAACACCAGGACUCGACUAAAGCCAUUCCUCUGCUGGUGGAGAGCUGCAUCCGUUACAUCAACCUCCAUGGUCUUCAGCACCAGGGCAUAUUCCGUGUGUCGGGGUCACAGGUGGAGGUCAAUGACAUCAAGAACUCAUUUGAGAGAGGUAAUGACCCCCUGAUUGACGAGGAGAAUAACCAUGACAUCAACUCGGUGGCCGGUGUACUGAAGCUCUACUUCCGGGGGCUGGAGAACCCCCUCUUUCCCAAGGAAAGGUUCAAUGACCUAAUUUCCUGUGUCCGUAUAGAGAGCCUGUAUGACAGAGCUCAGUGUAUUCGUAAGAUUCUACUGGGUGUUCCACGGGUGACUCUGGUCGUGAUGAGAUACCUGUUUGCUUUCCUGAACCAGGGUCGUUAUGUUGGCAAAGAGGACGGACGUGAACUCCACCUGCGACCCAAUCUGACAUCUACGGAUAUGCCUGGUGCAGAAGACCUGAAGGAGACGGAGGCGAACAUGAUGGAUGCUGGGAACCUGGCCAUCGUCUUCGGCCCCACCCUGCUGCCCACGCCCGACGCCCUGGACCAGGUGGCCUGCCAGGCGCAUGUUAAUGAGGUCAUCAAGACGGUCAUCCUGCACCACGACAUCUUCCCCGACCCCCCGGAGCUGCCUGGGCCCGUCUAUGAGAAGUGCAUGACUGGAGACCAGUACUGCGAGAGUCCGUUCAGCGAGCCGGGUGGGGAGGCGGAGCCUGACGGCGGCACAGAGACUCAGACCAGUGAGGAGGAGGGGGAAGCAGUAGAAGCGGUGGCCAGGUUUGACUAUACAGGCCGGUCGGGGCGGGAGCUCUCCUUUAAGAAGGGAGUGACCCUGCAGCUGUUCCAGCGUGCGUCACAUGACUGGUGGGAGGGGCGACUCAACGGCACCCAUGGCCUGGUGCCUCACCAGUACAUAACACUGAAGGACAGGCCUGACUCUGCAUCGACAGUGGACAGCGACAGUGGSAGCACUAGCAAUGACGACAAGAAAGCCAGAAGUGAGCUGAGCUCUCCUACUGACAGACAGCCAGAAACCUACAACAGCAGCCACCGCAGGAAGCGGACUGACAUUUUCCGCCGCCCCCUCGGUCGCUCUAAAGACCAUGGUAACGUGGGUGUGUUGGAGAGGAACUCGCCGCCGGUCACUGGUCACUUCAGCCCRCGGGAGCUCCUUCUGGGGCGGGGCACUGGCUUAACCCCGCCUCUCGACAGCCCYGAGCGUCGUCGCCGUUCCACUGCCGCGGUAACGGUUACCGUGAGCCGCCACGAUUCGCUGCGUCGGCCUGAAGACACGCCCAUCCGGCGCUCCAGCAGCGGGCAACACGGCUUCAGCUCCAGAACCCUGGACCCAGACACACUGGCACAGGUACUCUCUCACACACACAGUUACACACACAUAUAGUUGAAGUCGGAAGUUUACAUACACUUA